AUGGAUAACACUAAAGCCAGGACCUUGAAGAAUACUCAAGAGCAGAACACUGUAGCAGCCGCACGCAUCAAGCAAAUUCAAAGCCAACUCGACACUGCACCACGAACAGGAAAACUAAAGGAUAAGGUGUGCAUUAUCACAGGAGUCGGAUCACUGUUGGGUAUUGGUCGUGCUGCAGCUUUGACUUUCGCUCAUGAAGGAGCAAGGCACCUCUAUCUCCUGGAUUUUGAUCCUACCAAUCUGCCUGACUUAAAGUCUACUAUUGAAAAGAAGUACCCUGACGUUAAGGUUACAACUCUGCAAGCCGAUGCCGCCGACGAGAAGGCUAUAUCAGGCCUCUGUGAGCAGGCUCUCCGUGAAGAAGGGAGACUCGACGUCUUCUUUGCCAAUGCUGGCUGGGCCUCCAAGGAUUCCUUACAAGAUACAUCAGUGGAAACCUAUAUGAAAAGUAUGCGCAUCAACGCGCUCUCAUGUUUCCUUGCUGUAAAGUAUGGGUCAGCUGCCAUGCAGAAAACUAACGCGUCAAGAGGAAAGCAUGCCAGUAGGGGUAGUAUAAUUAUGACUGCUUCUACUGCUGGGCUUAGAUCUGGAGCUGGUUCCGUUGAUUAUAGCGCAAGCAAAGCUGCCGUAAAUUCAAUGGCCAAAAAUUCGGCCUGCCAAUUACAAAGGACUGAUAUCCGGGUGAACUCUAUCUGUCCAGGACUUAUUGAAACUGGCAUGACAGAUUUCGUUUUUGAAUUUGCUCGUCAGCGUGGUACAACUGGCAAAAUCGGGCAGUUGAAUCCUUUGGGGCGAUAUGGUGUUGCACAAGAAAUUGCAAAUGCUGCCCUCUUUCUAGCGUCUGGUGAGUAG